AUGACCCUCGUGGAUCUGACGAUCAACGGACUAUCUCCAGGGCGCUAUUGGGCCACCGUGCGAGAGACCGGAGAUAUCUCGGAGGGAGCUGCCUCGACCGGGGGCAUCUGGGAGGCGCUGAAGAACAAAGUGUUUGGUCGACAGGAGCCACGAGGCGUGUUUGGGACGGUGGACGUCAAUGAGAAGGGCAAGGGGAAUGUCUUCCUCGACCAGCCUGUCGCCGUGUGGGAGAUGAUCGGCCGAAGCAUGGUCGUCUCCAAGAGCAAGGAAGGUCCGUUCCGCAAGGAUGACCCCGACACGAUUGUCGGAGUUAUCGCCCGCAGCGCCGGCGUGUGGGACAAUGAUAAGAUGAGGGAAGGGGAUAGGGGUAGUUGUGGUUAUGUUCUGGGCAUCUGGUCUGCAAAACGAGAUUUGAUGUCAAUUUCGAGUACCCCUGUUACAGAUAUUAUGCUUAAAUUCUUAUAUCCAGCACGCUACACGGAGUACUCUUGGGAGGCUGAAAGUGCAGAGCGUUGGGGAUCACUCUCAAACGACGAGGGGUUCAGAAGCGCCGUGGCUGGGGCUCCGUUUCUUGGUCCGGUUACAGAUUUGUCUAUACUCGUACUGCUCGUACUCGAUCCCGAGUCAGCGUUCACCGUAACUAGGCCUCUGCUCUCGACAGCUUCUGAUUGA